GGACCAGACAUUUGAAUAGAGAAACUUUCAAUUUGCCGCAGAUACAGCAGACAACAUCUGCGAAUCAAUAAAGUAACAUGAGCCGUUUCGGCGCCCCUGCUGGGACUUGAUAAAGGUCAAUACGGACGAUAGCCAACGAACAAACAUGAUGUACUUCACCAGCGCCAACUACACUGCCCUCCUCAUUGCCAGCAGUUUCUUCUCCAUCCUCGAUAUCCUCGCCUCGUUCCCCUUCACCCGCGCGUCCAUCUCCUGCUCGACGCUCCGCACGCCCUGCAUCGCCGCAUGUAGCUUCUCCUUUGCCCGGCGCAUCUCUCCCUCGGGCACCGACCCCGACCCCGACCCCAAGCCCAGCGUGCGCCGAACGCGGUCGACGUGCGUCUGGAGGUCAGACACUUUCGCCGCGAGGUCGUCCGCGGGAUCCGGCCUGGCCGAAACGCGGUCUUUUGUCGUUGGCGCGGUCCAUGGCGGUUCGACCAGGUCGAGCACGAGGAAGCGCAGGUGUUUCGGACGUGGCGCUUGGUCUGUAUCUGGGUCAUCGCGGCGCGGGUGACUGUAUGCGGGGGCCUUCCCCUUAUCCUUCGCUCCCCAAUCCCUAGCGCGAGCGCU